AUGACCAGCUCCAACUCUAAUUCUGCGGCUCCGGCCAACCAAAAGAGAAAGAUCAUCAUCUUCUCUGACUUCGACGGCACAAUCUGCAUGCAAGAUACAGGCCACAUUCUCGUCGACAACCAUGGCUGCGGAACAGAAGCUAGAGCCAAACUCGAAGAAGAAAUCAAAGCCGGCACACGCUCCUUCCGCGAAGUCUCAGAAGACAUGUGGGCAUCCCUCCACGUCCCCUUUGACGACGGCUUCAUCGUUAUGGAAAAGACAAUCGAAAUGGAUUCUGGAUUCCGCGAAUUCCACGAAUACUGUGUUGCGAACGGAUUCCCGUUCAACGUUAUCAGUGCUGGUCUAAAGCCUGUUUUGAGGAGAGUUCUUGAUACUUAUCUUGGUCCGGAUAAGGCAUCAUCAAUCGAUAUCGUCGCAAAUGACGCUAUCAUCAAACCCGACGGUUCAGAAUGGAAACCCAUCUGGCGCCACGACACAGAUCUAGGCCAUGACAAGGCGCUAUCUGUGAACGAGGCGCGGGCGGCUGCGCAAGCGCAAUGCGAACCUGAUGAGAUGCCAUUAAUUGUAUUCAUCGGCGACGGUGUUUCGGAUCUACCCGCAGCCCGUGAAGCGGAUGUACUCUUCGCGCGACGCGGAUUGCGACUUGAAGAGUACUGUCUUGAGCACGGUAUUGCUUAUACGCCAUUUGAUACGUUUGCCGAUAUCAAGCGCGAUAUUGAGAAGUUGAGUGCGGAGGAUCAGGCUAAGACCGGUGGUGUCGGAAAGCCAGUUAGAUAUAACCCCCGCGCCAACCUUUGGAGACGGAUCUCGAGCAAGGAGGCUGUCCCUACUCUUAUGGCUGCUGCUACGCCUUCCAAUGAGGAGAAGAUGUUCCUCUGGCCCGAGACAUUCUCGGAGUCUAAGCCUGGGACUAUUGAGGAGGGCGUAGAGCCUGUUGCUGUGUAA